AGGAAUUCUCUCAUCAGGAAACUAGACCUAGAUAUGGAAGGAGCCCAUGGUGCAAACGGCAACAUGGGAGGAACACAGGAGGACUACCAGGUGGAGAUUGCGGUGGUGGAAGUGAUGCACAAGGUGGUGUCGCCACCGCCACGGAGCUCUUUGGAUAAGAUUAAGGUAAGGCUGAAGGAGACCUUCUUCCCUGAUGACCCAUUCCGCCACUUCAAGGGCCAGCCGCCCAAGAAGAAAUGGAUUCUUGGAGCCCAAUACCUCUUCCCUAUCCUAGGCUGGGCCCCCACCUACAACCUCUCCCUCUUCAAGUCCGACGUCGUCUCCGGCCUCACCAUAGCCACUCUGGCCAUCCCACAGGGAAUCAGCUAUGCCCAGCUUGCCAAUCUGCCUCCAAUCAUUGGCCUCUAUUCGAGCUUCGUGCCACCGCUUGUGUACUCAAUUCUGGGGAGCUCGAGAGAUCUCGCGGUCGGUCCAGUCUCCAUUGCCUCUCUCAUAAUGGGGUCGAUGCUGCGGCAAGCGGCGAACCCGAAAACCGAUCCAUAUCUCUUCCUUCAGCUUGCCUUCACUUCAACUUUCUUCGCCGGCAUUGUCCAGGCAUCUCUCGGGAUAUUCAGAUUGGGCUUCAUCAUUGAUUUUCUCUCCAAGGCCACACUCACCGGGUUCAUGGCCGGUGCUGCCAUAAUAGUCUCUCUCCAGCAGCUCAAAAGCAUGCUGGGUAUCGUUCAUUUCACCAAACAGAUGGGUCUGGUUCCUGUUAUGAGCUCUGUCUUCCACAAGACUGAUGAGUGGUCAUGGCAGACGAUACUGAUGGGGAUCUGCUUCCUGGCCAUGCUUUUGCUGGCGAGACACGUCAGCAUGAGAAGACCAAAGCUUUUCUGGGUAUCAGCUGGAGCUCCACUGACAUCUGUUGUCCUUUCUACUCUUCUUGUCUUCCUUUUCAAAGCUCAGAAUCACGGCAUCAGUAUUAUUGGACACCUGAAAUCUGGACUCAAUCGUCCUUCCUGGGACAAAUUACUCUUUGACAGUACCUAUUUAGGCACUAUAAUGAAAACUGGGCUUGUUACUGGGAUUAUCUCCCUCACCGAAGGAGUUGCAGUUGGAAGAACUUUUGCUUCGCUCAAGGACUACAAAGUAGAUGGGAAUAAGGAGAUGAUGGCCAUAGGGUUAAUGAACAUUGUGGGUUCCUGCACUUCAUGCUAUGUUACAACAGGAGCUUUUUCCCGUUCGGCCGUGAACCAUCAAGCAGGAUGCAAGACUGCACUAUCCAACAUAGUGAUGUCCAUGACGGUGAUGUUCACCCUACUCUUCUUGAUGCCGCUAUUUGUGUACACCCCCAAUGUUGUGCUUGGUGCCAUCAUAAUUGCAGCUGUUAUCGGACUUAUUGAUGUACCUGCGGCGUACUACCUAUGGAAGAUGGAUAAGAUUGACUUUAUUGUUUGCUUAUGUGCAUUCCUUGGUGUCCUCUUCGUUUCUGUACAAGAUGGGCUUGCCAUUGCUGUUGGGAUAUCAAUAUUCAGGAUUCUUCUUCAGACCACCAGGCCUAAUAUAGUAAUACUAGGGAACAUUACAGGGACAGACAUCUAUCGAAAUCUUCAACACUACAAUGAUGCCCGAAGAGUUCCUGGCUUCCUCAUCCUAGCCGUGGAAGCUCCCAUUAACUUCACAAAUACCACCUAUCUCAACGAAAGGAUAACAAGAUGUAUUGAAGAGGAAGAGGAUGUAGAAGAUAAUGAAGCUGGCCUACGAUUUGUUAUCUUGGACUUGUCUGCUGUAUCUACAAUAGAUACAAGUGGAGUUUCAUUCUUAGUUGACCUAAAGAAGUCAAUGGAGAAACAUGGACUUGAGCUUGUUCUCAUAAAUCCUAUGGGAGAAGUGAUGGAGAAAUUACAGCGAGCAAAUGGUGUUCACAAUUUCUAUGGAGUAGAUUCUCUUUAUUUGACAAUUGGGGAGGCCAUUAUUUCACUUUCUGCUUUGCAAAAGGAGUCUGCAUGAAAUGAUUAGACAAAAUUUUUAACAUAAAUCUACAUAUCAAAACUGUUGUCUGUUACACAUUUCUCCAUUUGUGAUGUACUUGUUUUACUUCCUACCAUUUUUGAUUAAUAUACCCAUAUAAAAGUUGUGCAUCUACAUUUUGUAUUUCAUGCAAUAUAUAAAGCAUUUUUUAACA